GAAGAGAUAUUCAUCAUGGAACAGUCUACGCAGGGAGAAAAUUCAAAAGCAGAAGUCGUAUCUGACAUGACUACAGGAGAAAGUUUGAAAGGAAGUUCCGGGAGGAUUGUGGUAUAUGAGAGACUUGCAUCAGAAAGCAUGGCAGGCGAAGAAGAAGAGAAGUCGGUGAACCGACAGCCUCACUUGUCCCGUCAAGAUCUUACAACUCUUGAGGUAAAAAGGUUGACACCUCUGACACCAGAUGUCAUCAGUAGACAAGCCACUAUUAACAUAGGCACCAUUGGCCAUGUGGCUCAUGGAAAGUCAACAGUGGUGAAAGCCAUAUCUGGAGUACAGACUGUCAGAUUUAAGAAUGAAUUGGAGAGAAACAUCACAAUCAAACUGGGUUAUGCCAAUGCAAAGAUUUACAAAUGUGAUAACGAGUCUUGUCCAAGACCGGGCUGUUACAGGUCAUGCGGUAGCGCUACCCAAGAUGUCUUUCCCUGUGACAGAAUCGGAUGCAGCGGCAAAUUCAGACUACUGAGGCAUGUUUCCUUUGUUGAUUGCCCAGGCCACGACAUUCUUAUGGCAACCAUGUUGAACGGAGCAGCUGUUAUGGAUGCUGCACUUCUUCUCAUAGCUGGGAACGAGUCCUGUCCUCAACCCCAGACCUCUGAGCAUCUGGCAGCUGUGGAGAUCAUGAAGCUGAAACACAUCCUCAUCCUCCAGAACAAGAUCGACUUGGUCAAAGAAACACAGGCCAAGGAGCAGUAUGAACAGAUCCUAGCUUUUGUGAAAGGCACAGUGGCUGAGGGGGCACCUGUCAUCCCGGUCUCGGCGCAGCUCAAGUACAAUAUCGACGUUGUGUGUGAAUAUGUUGUCAAAAGCAUCCCUGUGCCAGUCAGGGACUUCACAUCAGAACCAAGGCUGAUAGUUAUCAGAUCCUUUGAUGUGAACAAGCCAGGAUGUGAGGUUGAUGACCUCAAGGGGGGCGUCGCCGGCGGAAGUAUCCUGCGAGGUGUUCUCAAGGUUGGUCAGGAGAUCGAGGUACGGCCGGGCAUUGUGUCACGUGACCAGGAGGGCAAGCUGACCUGUCGGCCAAUCCUGUCCAGAAUUGUCUCUCUGUUUGCUGAACAGAAUGACUUGCAGUAUGCUGUUCCUGGGGGGCUUAUCGGUGUUGGUACCAAGAUUGACCCCACUUUGUGUCGAGCUGACCGUAUGGUUGGACAGGUGCUUGGAGCGGUGGACGCUCUGCCGGACAUCUACACAGAGUUGGAGAUCUCCUUCUUCCUCCUCCGACGACUUCUCGGGGUCAAGACCGAGGGAGACAAGAAAGGAGCCAAGGUCCAGAGGCUGGCUAAGAAUGAGAUUUUGAUGGUGAACAUCGGCUCGCUGUCAACAGGAGGUCGUGUGUUGGCUGUGAAGGCUGAUUUGGCAAAGAUCGGCCUCACAAAUCCUGUGUGUACUGAGAUUGGAGAGAAAAUUGCCCUGAGUAGGAGAGUUGAGAAACACUGGAGGUUGAUCGGAUGGGGUCAGAUACGAAGAGGUGUGAAAGUAAAUCCUGAAUCUUAAGAAGCAACAUUUUAGGACUAAAUUAACAAAUUGUUGACACUAGAGUGCCUGAGUGGUUCUACAGAAACAGUUGAACCUGACUGACGGUGCCAUGAUAGCAGCACACAUGGACUUUCCCAAAACCUGAAUCAUCGUGUUUCUAUUCAGUUAAAUACCUAGACAUAUUCCAAAUAUGAUUGGUCAUGUGUUGUUAGGAUAUGAAUAGCCAACUGUUAAUGUACAGACAAGUUUAAAUUGGUGAUACUCAUAACUUUCAUAUAUCACAAUUUCAUUCAAAUGAUUGUUCUGAUUUUAACAUCACUUUAGAAAAGCAUGAAGAUUAAGGGGAAGCAUUGAUUUAAUCUUUGACAUCUGUAUUUAUGAAAAGUGUAUUAAUGAAUAUAUACCACUCAAAAGACGUGAAGACCACUUCUGUCAUAUUACUAUAUUACUAUACAGCCCCAUAUUAAUCUGGGGCUGUCGGGUAGCCUUUUGGUUAAAGCGUUCGCUCGUCACGCCGAAGACCCGGGUUCGAAUCCCAACAAUGGUACAAUGUGUGAAGCCCAUUUCUGGUGUCCCCUGCCGUGAUAUUGCUGGAAUAUUGCUAAAAGCGGCGUAAAACCAAAGUCACUCAUUCACUAUAGUUAAUCUGUUAUAAGUUAGAUCAUUAAGAGUAACCGUUACUCAUAUGAGACAAUAUAUAUAUACUACAAACUGUCAUGCCAUCACGGAUUAACUACAGUAAUAUGAAAGAAUCGAGUGGUCCUUAACUUCUUUUGAGUAAUAUGUCAAGUGGUUUCAUUUCAUUAUUCUGUUCCCCUUGAUGGCAAGGGCAUCAUGGUUUGUGUGUAUGUAACCAAGGUAACGCCGAUACAUGCCUCCACACCACGGAGAGACAGUUGUUGACCACCUGCUGAAUUCGAGGACUGAACAAAUUGACCACAUCUGGAUAUUCAGGAGAAAGACACCCCUCUUCCUGAUGGUUGAGUCCUUAUCAAUGUUCAUAUGUCCUAUGUAAUUCAACAUUCAUGUGAAAAUAAAUUUACAUGUAAAUUCUGUAAAA